CCAGAGCCGCUUUCUUCCAUCGACCGCCGCUGCGCUAGCCAGAGAAGCUCUACUCGGACGCUAAUGGCGGAUGCUUCAGAUGCGGUGGACGUCGGAGGGGCGCACCCCAAGAAGAGGACCUUCAGGAAGUUCUCUUACCGUGGGGUCGAUCUGGAUCAGCUCCUCGACAUGGGCCUCGAUGAGCUCGUUAAGCUAUUCGGCGCACGUGCUCGCAGAAGGUUUCAAAGAGGGCUGAAGAGAAAGCCAAUGGCUUUGAUAAAAAAGCUACGCAAAGCGAAGCGAGACGCACCUCCAGGUGAAAAGCCUGAGCCAGUGAGGACCCAUCUUAGGAACAUGAUAAUAGUUCCUGAGAUGAUUGGGAGCAUCGUCGGGGUCUACAAUGGAAAAACAUUCAACCAGGUUGAAAUCAAGCCCGAGAUGAUUGGCCAUUACUUGGCUGAGUUCUCCAUCUCAUACAAGCCUGUGAAGCACGGAAGACCUGGUAUUGGUGCUACCCACUCCUCCAGGUUCAUCCCCCUCAAGUAAAACUUGCAUCAGUUGAGUUAAGAAAUGUAUGACCAAGAUCCUAUUGGAGUUGCUAUUCCACUUGGGUAUUUCUUAUUCUAGGCCCGUUAAUGGUUUUACUUGGAUAAAUUAUAUUUCUUUAUGCAAUUUUUUAUCGAGUACUUUUGAUGUUGGAAGAUUACAAAUAUUUGUGUUGCUUUAUUCAAAGUCGAUAUAUGAACUUAUGACUCGUUGAAUCAAA